UGCCUAAACGAAAACACGCAAGUGAAGACGAGUAUCACCUAUGUGAGACAGCCGGAUGGGUCCUGUGAACGCCAGCAGAAGGUCUUCCGCCUGCCAAUUGAUUGCAAACUGCCCGCCAAUUUGCAAAUCCCUGGACGCGAGUACACCGUGCGUCUGUCAGCAAACGGCACAGUGGUCGAGCAUGUUUUCGCCUGUGGUGCUUCCUGCCUGCGUAGAGUUCGCACCGCCAGCCUCUCCGGUCCUCGCAACUGCAGAUGCGCUGUUCUCUGGCAGGAGAGCACACAGGCAUGUUGUUGCCGCGAUGUGCAAACCAAAUCCCUGGCUGCGGUCGGCAGUGAGGCUGCUGCUGAUGCAUUCACUCAAACCUGGCGAGACUGCUCUGGUUCAAACGCAAUGCUCUCUGACAGGCUCGACGGAAAUGGAACAGACUAUCGCUUCGCGGUUGUCAAGUAUGCCAGCAAUCCCAGUAUUGCGUUCAAUCUGGAUGACUAUGCCGUUUCACCGCCAAUGCUUCACCACGUAGAUAACCUUCACUACGAAGGACGUUUGUCCAACCUGGGGAGGGCGCUGGACCUAACUAACCGUGAGGUGCUCUCAAAAAGCAGGAAAGACAUUGUUAAGAUGAUUUACCUAAUCAGCGAUGGAGUUAAUGACAUUUCUGCUGCCCCAGAUAUAGCUGCAACCCUUCGUGCUUCGGGUGUUCAGAUAAAUGUGCUCGUCUUCGGCUCCGACAAGCGCGGUCACAUUUUCCUUUCCAAACUAGCCAGUGAACCUAAACAGCGUCAUCUCGUCAUGAUUAGGGCCACACAGCAGACAAAGGAACUCUCUGAUUGGCUUGUCCAGACCCUUUGCCUUAGAGGUUGCACACAAGAACCGCGAUUAAAAACCAGCUGUGUCAGUGGCCGACUAAUCAACACCAAGGAAGUCUGGCGUCUGCGAGUAAACAAGUUUGGAAUUCCAGCAUGCCACCAAUUCAAAUUGGAGGAGGACGUAACGCCGAUACUAGAAAAAGACUGUUCCCGGGCCGCGACAGUUGUUCAAGGCACUUGUCUACCCGACGGCACGCGGACGGAUAAGAUAAUCACCAAACGACUGGUUGACUGUCAAUGCAAGGAGCUGGUGAAGACGAUCCCACGUAGAUGCUUCUGUCCAGCCAAGAAGACAAAGACCCAGUGUUAUAGUGAUAAAGUUCAGGAGACCUCUCGAAUCCUGAGCAAACUGGUCGACGGACAGUGUGAGGAGACUGUAGAGAUCACUCGAAAUACCGUUGUCUGUUCCGAACCUAAGGUCUUCGCCACCAAGUGUGACUCCCUCACCUGCCAACGCCGCAUCGUAUUCGUGGAGGAAAGAGCUCACCAAUGCAAAUGUCUGAGAUCCCUCAAAGCCACACGCGAAACUUGCUGUGAGUCAUCUCAGAAGCAGGUUCUGUUUUAA